UUUUGUUUUCUGUUGCGCACAAUGUCUCAACAUAAUCCAGAGAUUGAAGGUCUCUUACAGUGGGCGAAAUCGAACAACUCCUCUCUCCACCCAAGCGUUGAGAUUUUCCAGGAUGCAGUAACUGGACUUUCUUUCAAAGCUGUUAAAAAUGUUCCUCCCGGAACCAACUUGGUCAGUUGUUCAUACCAGAUCACCCUUUCCUACCUCAAUGUGGCCCAGAUUUCUUCAGAAUUCGAGUGUCAUGGAUCUCAGCAGUUCCCAUCUGAGUUCAUUGACGCCUUGAGCUCAGAAGAUCCGAAUAUCAUUGGCCAUUUCUUUCUCAUCCAACAGUUCUUGAUGGGCGCGGACUCGUUCUGGUGGAGUUAUAUCAGACUUCUUCCACAACCGGAGCAGCCAGAAACGCUCGCCCUCCCAGUAUGGUGGCCCGAAGCAGAUCGAAAGUUUCUGGAAGGCACGAAUGCGGAGCCGCCACUAGUGAAAAGGCAAGAGCUAUGGAAAGAUGAGUGGAAUAGAGCAAUUGCCAUACUUAAGCAGCAAUCAGGUCACUGGGAAGACUACAGCUAUCUCCUUUACCAGUGGGCUGCAACCAUCUUUGGCACCCGGAGUUUUCGACCCUCGUUGACCAUUCCGGCAGAGCUCUUUGAGCACGCACAAACUAGCCAGAACAACAACAAGGAUUUGAUUUUAGACCAUGUCAGACACGAUAAAUUCUCCGUUUUACUCCCUGUCUUAGAUAUCGGAAAUCAUAAUGGGAUCAACGCAGUUACCUGGACGAAAGACCCGAAAGCUGGGAAAUUUGGCUUGUGCACGCGCGAUCGAGUUCAACAAGGUAGCCAAAUCUUCAAUUAUUACGGAAAUAAGUCCAAUAGCGAGCUACUUGUUGGAUACGGCUUCACUCUUCCUAACUUGGAAAACGAUACUGUCAAUCUGAAGUUGACUCCGCCCGCCAAGGCUGCUCAAUUGCGGAGGACUCAGAUAUCUCAUGCUUCAAUUCAUAAGUAUCAGCCUGGAGAAGAGUUCAUGUUCAUGGUUCGAAGGCAAAGCCAUGUUGGGAGAGUAGAUGGUGGCCUUUUGGAGCUCGAAUUCUUCUCCGCUGGUCUGUUCGAUACAAUGGCCUGUAUGAUGGCCAAUGCAAGAGAAAGACAAUUCAUUACCGAGAAUCCAGACUACUCUGUCGAAAAAGACUCUGCCGUAUUUGAAGGGCCACUAGCUCGGAAUGUCAUGUGUAUUCUCCGGGUCCUUUCUGAUAAAUUAAAUUAUGACUUCAGACGAAUUCGAGGAAUUGGUGCGACUUUGAGCGAACCCCAAAAUAGCAACCAAACCAUGGCCUUGGACUAUAGAAGCAGACAACUAGACGUCCUCAAAGAGGCUCUUACUCCGAUCUCAAAACGACUCCAGUCUGCCGCGUCUUUCAGUUCCCUCUGCCAGCAUCCUCACCACAAUCAACCACCAACAUAUGUCGAAGGCUCCUUACGUCAAAUGCAUACGAACAUUGAGCUCUUGUCUCUAGAAUGUGCAUUUAGUUGGAUGCAGAUCAAUUACCCUGAUGUCUAUGAUGCUGUGGUAAAGAUCAUUUCUGAAGACCAAGAGGAGCCACUUCCACUAAAUUGGGUUGUGCUAGUUGUGGACUGGGAUCAUACGUACUGGACUAUUUGGAUAUAUCUUGUCUGGGUGCUAUGGGCGGAGGAAGAUAUAGCUUUUCAGUUGAGGCACGCUAGUCUAAGCACCUGGCUAAUUGAACUGAAUACAUACUUUGUCGAUGAGAAAAAUCUUGGCCAGCCAUUCAGUACCUUUUACGCCGACAAUUCCGAGCAAGAUACUAUCAAUCACACAAUACGGGAAAUCACUCAUCUACCUCGGUUUGACUCAACGCGUCUAUGGCUCGAGGCCGAAGGACCUUCCUCGGAGGCUCUACGCAACUUUGCCAGCCUUGUGGUUCGAGAAGAGACAGUCCCUGCUCGAUUUGAUAUGCAGAAUGUGGAAGGUGCUGCCGUGGAACAAAAAAUGCUGGUUGUAAGCAAGAGAAAGGAGCCCCUGAGGGUGUCACUUGAUAAACCUUGGACGCAAUUUUUUAUCAAGGACCCAGGAUAUUCCCCGACCAGUCCUUCCGGGUGUAAUCCUGCGAGGCUGGUUUGA